AUGGUGCCAGAGGGGCUAACGUGCAAGAACACAUUCUUUGACGUCGUGGAAGAGGAGUCAGAGACACGGGAGGGACCGGCGACGUGCCCUCCUAGCAGUGAUGGAUGGUGGUGGCCCACAAGUUCCAUGGGUUCGGAUGGCAGCCGCGACCGAAGCUUGCCCUCGAGCCCAACCACGCCGUUUGAUCUUGCCAUCACUGACAAAACAGCCAUUCUAAGGACCCCAAGCUGGUUCGGCGACACCUCCCCAGUCGCUCAAACAAACUUUCUAAGCACACCGAACUGGUUGGAGGACCUGGUUCCGCCGCCCUCCUCCAGCCAAAUAAUUCCCCCUUUGAGCACGCCGGAUUGGAUGGAUGAUGAGAUGCCAGCAUAUGCCAAGCUUCCAAGCUUCGACACCAGAGUGCCCAGUCUUCCCAGACGCUCAGCAACCCCGAGCUCCGGCGAUGGCCGCACCCCCACGGCAGAGGGCAGCACACGGCGCACCCCGGACCCCUUCGAUGACACUCCGAGUCCACCAUUGGACAUGCAGUUUUCCAACUCGAGCAGCCGCUUCGUGCAGCUGCUCGCCGGGGCUGUGGCCGAAGCAGAGGAGACGCAAAGCAAGCGAGAGGCUGUGGAACGUCAGCGCGCGAUCAGCCAGCCCAUGGAUGCCCCACCCAACCCGGGCCCGGGAAACUGGGCACGCCCUUUGAUCAAGCCACCGGUACUCUUGGCCACAGCUGCCCCCCAGAACGAGGCUCCAGGACCGACAGGACCCUACCCACCCUUCGGCGCCGGAUCCCACAUGCCCCCACCGAUGCCUGUGCCACUACCGCAGAU